AUGUCGGAAUACUCAUGGAAAGAUACUAAUCUGGCCCUCUUUGGUUCAGAUAUCGAAAAAUCAGUCAAGAAGGAGUCUGCAGAAUCUGAACCAGCGUGGGCACCGGUUAGACAAAUUGACUCCACAACGACAAUGGUGUGGCGGAUAAAACAAUUCAAUUUGGAACCGCUAAAACCGGAGGAGAUCGGGGUUUUCUACAGUGGCGAUUCCUACAUCGUCCUCCACGCAGAAAAGGUGGGCGACGAACUAAUUUAUGAUGUGUACUUUUGGAUUGGAGCGGAGAGCACGCAGAUUGGCCAGGUGUGUCAGUAGACGGCGUGCACUGAGCUCACUCAAUCAAUCUGCAUAAAUCAUUGUUCGAACCCUAGCUACCGUGUCCUGCAGUUCUAAUGGUAUGACUUCUCACUGUAUCUUUGCUCCGAAAUGGAGGUCACUUACAAAUAGUGACCACAGUGUAUGGCGAUCAUAUCCCAUAUUUUGCCUAUCAUAAAAGAAAUGACGUUAAAUUCAAUGGGCGUGGAAUGUAUCCGUCGGUUUGCUCCCUCAGCAUGUAACGUUGGAGUCACACUGAACAGAUUUGCGAACGGAUUUUAUUUCCUCCCUUUAUUUGGCCACUUUGUCACACACCGCGCCACACACAUGGCAUGCUAAAUAUACAGUCUUGAGCGCGUGGCGUAACCAAGCGAGGCGUGUGCAGCACCCAAUAUCCAUCUACUUCAUCAGUUACUGUUCCAGUGAUCGAAUUGUCCAACGUUCACUCCAAUGGGAAUCGCCGUCCACAUUGAGAUUGCGGUUGGCAAUCUAUUCACAAUGAAUUUUUCAAAAAGACUUCUCCAAAAACCAACAUUUGUUUACAUAACAAGGGAUAUUCGUUGCAUGAGUGGAUAAAGUCAUCAGAGCAACUUGUGGCUCUAUUCGGGCUUUGAACGCAGAGCUGGAGCCCUGUUUCUUUG